AUCAGAUAAUUUAGUUGGUCAAGAAAACACACAAGCUUACUGUCAACUUUUCCCUAGUUUUCUAUUAUAAAGCUUGGAGACUUGGAGUAGAGCCCAAGCAAGAUGUGCCAUUCAAUGUACUUAUGGACUCGCCAGGCAGGAAAAAUAACACGCCUACUCCACCAAAUGGAAGAAGUAAAGCUGCUGGGGGCUUGGCCUAGUCCAUUCAGUUACAGAAUUAUAUGGGCUCUGAAACUCAAGGAUGUGAAAUACCAGUAUCUAGAAGAGGAUGUUCACAACAAGAGUGCUCUGCUUUUGCAAUACAAUCCUGUUCAUAAGAAGGUACCUGUCUUGGUUCAUGGUGAAAACCCAGUUGCAGAGUCCACCGUCAUUCUCGAGUACAUCGAUGAGAUGUGGCCACAGAAUCCACUCCUUCCUGGAGCCCCUUAUGAGAGGGCCAUGGCUAGGUUCUGGGCAAAAUUUGGCGAGGACAAGAGCCCGACAUUUUUCGCAUUCUUCCAUACUGUUGGGGAAGAACAGGAAAAGGCAAUAGAAGAAGCCAAGGGACUGCUGAAAAUCUUAGAAGAGCAUGGCCUUGGGGAGAAGAAGUUUUUUUGUGGGAACGAGAUCGGGUUGACUGACCUGGUUUGGGGGUGGAUUGCUGGCUGGCUUGAAGUCAUGGAAGAAGCAGUUGGCGUGAAACUGCUGGAAGCUGAUCACCUCCCUCAGUUAUGGGCAUGGACUAAAAAUUUUAAGUCAGCCCCUGUGAUCAGAGAUAACCUUCCUGAUCGAGAUGGAAUGUUGGUGUAUUUCAAAUGCCUACGGGAGAAGUUUGUUGAUUCAGCAACAUGAGAAAUAUAUGAUUUGAAAUAUGUUUCUGAAUUUAAUUGAUGCCUACUGCUUUUUUCC